UGAGUUCAGAUUCAGAAGGCGCUGAACAGGGCGCUUGUUGGGCUUGCUGCGCCAAAAGAAAGCCUCUGGCAGGGGCAACUUUGCCAGUUGGCGGCAGGGGUGAAAUGCGGCUUCAUUCUGGAGUCGAGUUUGGGGCACAUGAGCCCGCUUGUCGAGAUGCAAGCGGCAACAUGACCUGCACAGUGCAGGCGGCCUCUUUCAUGCGCUGAGGCUGGCGUGGCGGUCCUCCAUUGUCCUCAUCGUUGAUGCUGGAGCUCGCCGAUCUGGCCUGACGGCGUCUCAAAUGAUGUAAAGAUCACUUCCAUCGAAAUUGGGCCUGACUGGUGCACGUUAUGCUGAAGCUGCAUUGAAAGCAAGGGUUUGAUGCAAUGUUCCAUCAGAACACCUUGGCACACAGGGCAUUUGCCGCUGACACCGGGUGUGCAUGAUCUUGUGUCCAUCUUCCUGAGGCGUGGAUAAUGAGAGUGCCAAGAGAGAGGCGGAUGCAGAACCUGCUCGGCAGUAGGGCAAGGGGGCAAAGGGGCCAAUUGUGGCAAGUUAGCCGGGUUCAAAAGGUUUGCAAGCGAGCAGCACUGUCCCAAUUGCUCCAUGCGCGGUUGUCUCUAUCUCGAGUAGCUCGCAGCGCUAAUUGGCCAGAAGCGGGUCAAAAGAAGCUGCAUAACCAAGCCCCGGCAAUCAGCGCCCGCUGGCUGGGGAAACAGUAUGUCGCGGACAAUAUUCAAGUUCCCGCCCGAGGGCUAUGUCAAGAAAACUGUGGAUCCAGCCAAGGUUCCAAGUCAACAGGAACCAGUGAAAGUGAUCGUGAUUCAAGAGGACAAGAAGCAAGGGGGCAAGAAACGGAAAGCUGAGGCCAGCAAACCUGAGAAGCCGCCCCCCAAGCAGAUCAAAACAGGGCCGAAAGAACCAGUGAAAGAGGGGCAACAGGGGCAGCCUUCUGUCGCACCGCCCCGUCAACAAGUGGAGAAGCAGGAGAGGGGGAAAGCUGCAGAAACUUCCACAGCCAAUGGCUCGUCGCCAUCUCAUCAACUAGAGGACGGAGCGACACAUGAGGCGGAACAUGUAGCAAGAGUCGAUUCGAAAAAGAAACGGAAGAAAGGUGAAUCGGAAGGGGAAGCUGUUGCCUUCGAUGCAAAGGCGGAGGAAGCUCGUUUGAAUGAAAUCGAAAAAGGGAACCGGGAAGAUAGCACGAGGUGGUGGCUUCGGAAACCAAAGCCCCGAGAAGUAAAGAUGGGAGAGGCCUCGGAAGAAGAAAAGCGGACGACAGUGUGGGCUCAGCCGGUGCUCCUUCCGCAGGUCAACGUUCUCGCAAUGCCUUAUGUGACGUACCUGUAGGACUCUGACUUCAUGACCUUCACAAAGACGCACGCUAGGCAGCUAGUCUUUCUUACUGCUGACACUUACUGGAGUAGAUCUGGGGUAGACGUUUGUUGACAAGAACGACUUGUAGCAUUCCCGGAUUGAACUGACCAUGGCGAAAGGUGAAUUUCCUGGGGCCACCAUCUGCGUCGUUUACGUAAUGACUGAGAGAAAUGUAUUUUGCAUACGUGCUACGUAGUGCAGGAGCUGCAUAAUUUUGGAUUGCAUGUUCAACGUACAUUGCAGCUCGUAAACAUCAACCAUGACAAUCGGAUCGAUAAAGGCUUAAUUACGUUAUAGCUGUGGCUUGAACUUCAGAUUCCAACAGUCAUCCAUGUGGAUCUGCAAUCGACGCAUGGCAAUCUUGUAGUCAAGACGAUAUAAACGAGGGUAGAUCAUUAGGC